CUGUUGGCCCCGGGCAGCUCGCGCGCACCUGCCUGCCCGGCCCACAGCCUGCCGCGCGCCCAGCGUCCUCGCCGCACAAGUAGCGGGUCCCGGGGGUCCUGGGCUGCGGGCCCGCGGGCCCCGGAGAUGGCGUCGGAGCCGCGCUAACUCCGUUUCUCCUUGGACCAAGAUGACUGAUGGAAACCUCUCCACCUCUACAAAUGGCAUAGCCUUGAUGGGCAUUCUGGACGGUCGGCCAGGAAAUCAUAUUCAGAAUCUACAACACUUGAAUCUCAAGGCACCCAGAUCCCUCUCGUUGCCAGAGUACGGGCCCAAGCUGAAGCUUGGGCCUUUAGAAGAUCAGCACAGCCUUAAGUCCGUGGACUCGGGCAUUCCCACCCUAGAGAUCGGUAACCCGGAACCUGUCCCCUGCAGUGUGGCCCACGUGAAGAGGAAGCCGUCUGAGUCGGGGACCGUCCCUGAGCGAGCCUGCCAGAGCGCGUGCCCGCUGCCGUCCUACACGCCACCGGCUCCCGGCAGUGCCGAGUGGGAGCGGGGCGUGCGGAAGUCGUCCACGUUCCCCCGGACGGGCUAUGACGCGGCCGAGCUCUACAGCCCCGCCUCCAAGGCCCUGAACCGCAGCGACGAUGUCUCCGUUUGCAGCGUGUCCAGCCUCGGCACGGAGCUGUCAGCCACGCUUUCCAUCAGCAAUGAGGACAUCUUGGACCUUGUGGUCACGAGCAGCUCCAGUGCCAUCGUGACCCUGGAGAAUGAUGACGACCCUCAGUUCACUGACGUCACCUUGAGCUCCGCCAAGGAAACCCGGGAGCUGCGCCGGCAGGACUGUGUCGAUGGAACGGAGGAUGGGAGUAAAUCGAAAAUACUGGGACCGUUUAGUAACUUCUUUACCAGGAAUUUGCUUGCUAGAAAACAGAAUGCAAGACUUGACAGACAGAAUGACUUGGGAUGGAAGUUAUUUGGAAAAGUACCACUCCGAGAGAAUGCUCAGAAAGAUUCAAAGAAAAUACAAAAGGAAUAUGAAGACAAGGCUGGACGACCUAGCAAGCCGCCCUCUCCGAAGCAGAAUGUGAGGAAGAAUCUUGAUUUUGAGCCACUUUCUACCACCGCACUCAUCCUGGAAGACAGACCAGCAAAUCUCCCAGCGAAGCCAGCUGAAGAAGCCCAGAAACACAGGCAGCAGUAUGAAGAAAUGGUGGUUCAGGCCAAAAAACGAGAGCUGAAGGAGGCGCAGCGGAGGAGGAGGCAGCUGGAGGAGAGGUGCCGCCUGGAGGAGAGCAUCGGGAACGCCGUCCUCACCUGGAACAACGAGGUUUUGCCUAACUGGGAGACAAUGUGGUGCUCUAGAAAAGUUCGAGAUUUAUGGUGGCAGGGAAUCCCUCCCAGUGUGAGAGGCAAAGUCUGGAGCUUAGCCAUUGGCAACGAGUUAAACAUCACCCAUGAGCUCUUUGACAUCUGUCUUGCCCGAGCCAAGGAGAGGUGGCGGUCCUUCAGCACAGGAGGCUCCGAAGCGGAGAACGAAGAUGCCGGUUUUUCAGCAGCGGACAGAGAAGCCAGUUUGGAGCUUAUUAAACUGGACAUUUCUAGAACGUUUCCGAAUCUUUGCAUUUUCCAGCAAGGCGGUCCGUACCAUGACACGCUGCACAGUAUUUUGGGCGCUUACACUUGUUAUCGGCCGGAUGUGGGUUAUGUCCAGGGCAUGUCCUUUAUAGCGGCAGUGUUGAUCUUGAACCUAGAUACUGCAGAUGCCUUCAUUGCUUUUUCUAACCUUUUGAAUAAACCCUGUCAAAUGGCGUUUUUCCGAGUGGACCAUGGCCUUAUGUUGACCUAUUUUGCUGCAUUUGAGGUAUUCUUUGAAGAAAAUUUGCCGAAAUUAUUUGCUCAUUUCAAGAAAAACAACUUAACUCCAGACAUCUACCUAAUUGAUUGGAUCUUUACCUUAUAUAGUAAGUCUUUGCCCCUCGACCUGGCCUGUCGCAUAUGGGAUGUGUUCUGUCGUGACGGCGAGGAGUUUCUGUUCCGCACGGCCCUGGGCAUCCUGAAGCUGUUUGAGGACAUCCUGACCAAGAUGGACUUCAUUCACAUAGCCCAGUUCCUUACGAGGCUCCCAGAGGACCUGCCCGCGGAGGAAGUUUUCGCCUCCAUAGCUACAAUUCAGAUGCAAAGUCGAAACAAGAAGUGGGCUCAGGUACUGACCGCGCUGCAGAAGGACAGCCGGGACGUGGAGAAAGGCAGCCCGUCGCUCAGACACUGAGGGGACAGGCGGACCCGCGCUCGGCACCGAGCAGACCUCCAGGUGGCACCUUGCGUGGCUUCGGACGCACGCACGCGCUGACCGCGGACGAGAA